GUUGGAGAAGGGCGAAUGUGGGAUUCUGUCCUGAUCGCCUUCGUGGCUCCCUGCGCCGGAGGCAUACUGGGCACACAGUACCCAGCUAUUACCAGUGAGGGGCUGAAGGGUUGGAGAGUGAGACUCUGAACCAAGGAAAAAUGUGUUGCCAUGGCACCCACCACUGUGGGAGCCGGGGAGGCAGCAUUGCUAAGGGGACAGCUGGCUGGCGAGGAAAAGUGGGUUUUCCGGACGGCUCGCUGAGACGUUCAUGUUGACGGGGGCGGGACCGAGACGACGCCUGGCGCAGCCCGGGGAAAUACACUCCUAGGGGCGGGGCGGAAGUGACGUCUGGGGGGGGCGGGUCCGGCCGCGCACAAUGGGCCAUGGAGUUCCCGUUCGAUGUGGACAUGCUGCUCCCGGAGCGGGUCACCGUGCUGGACCAGCACCUGCGGCCUCCGGCCCGUCGACCCGGAACCACAACGCCGGCCCGUGUUGAUUUUCAGCAGCAAAUUAUGACCAUUGUAGAUGAACUGGGCAAGGCUUCUGCUAAGGCCCAACAUCUUCCUGCUCCCAUCACCAGUGCAUCAAGGAUGCAGAGUAACCGCCACGUCAUGUAUGUGCUUAAAGACACUUCAGCCCGACCGGCUGGAAAAGGAGCCAUUAUUGGUUUUCUCAAAGUUGGAUAUAAGAAGCUGUUUGUACUGGAUGAUCGUGAGGCUCACAAUGAGGUAGAACCACUUUGCAUCCUGGACUUUUACAUCCAUGAGUCACUUCAGCGCCGUGGCCACGGACAAGAACUCUUCCAGUAUAUGUUGCAGAAAGAACGAGUUGAACCACACCAACUGGCCAUUGACCGACCCUCACAGAAGCUGCUGAAGUUCCUGAAUAAACACUACAACCUGGAGACCACAGUCCCACAGGUGAACAACUUCGUGAUCUUUGAAGGCUUCUUUGCCCAUCAACAUCGGCCCCCUGCUCCCUCUCUGAGGGCAACUCGACGCUCUCGUGCUGCUGUGGUCGACCCCACGCCUGCUGCUCCAGCGAGGAAGCUGCCACCCAAGAGAGCAGAGGGAGACAUUAAGCCAUACUCCUCUAGUGACCGAGAAUUUUUGAAAGUAGCUGUGGAGCCUCCAUGGCCCCUAAACAGGGCCCCUCGCCGUGCCACACCUGCAGCCCACCCACCCCCCCGCUCCAGCAGUCUGGGAAACUCUCCAGAACGGGGUCCCCUCCGCCCCUUUGUGCCAGAGCAGGAGCUGCUGCGUUCCUUGCGCCUCUGCCCCCCACACCCCACUGCCCGCCUUCUGCUUGCCACAGACCCUGGGGGCAGCCCAGCCCAACGUCGCCGUACCAGCUCCCUUCCCCGUUCUGACGAGAGUCGAUACUGACAGAUAACUACCCCUCCCCUCCCUGGGAGACCUGAGGAUGGCAGACAUCCCUCCCCUGAGAAUCCCAGAUUUGCUCUUCCAUUGCAUCCCCUAUAGGACUCAGUGAAACCUGACAGAGCCCAUAGGAUUCCCUCUUCCCCAUGCUUGGAAAGCUGAAUUGUCAGGGUCCCAAAUGGCCUAAUCCUUUAUAGGUUUUCUUACCACAGAAAGUACCCUUUCUCUCCUAAUUUGGGCUCUGAACACUCUCCCCACAGACAGCCCAAUCUGCUGCCAGACCCCUUGGUUGGGUGGCUCAUACUAAUUACCCAAGAAGCACACCCUUGCUUACUCUCAGACUCUAGAACAUGGAAGGUUCAAGGGACUCCUCUGCCAGGGAAACCUUUUCAGAAGUCUUGUCCAUGGAAUAAAUCCCUUAUUACCUCUACAGUGGCUACCCACCAGGCUUGUCCUUUCAGCCUGCUAAUGCCAGCCAAUGAGCUCUGCCUCUAAGCAGUCCAGCUAGAUAGAUACAACAGGGACCUUCAGAAAUUACCAGCUCCCUGAAGGGAUCCAUUUAACAUUGCCAAACUCUUUAAUUUCCAUGUUUUGUGUAUGUGUAUGUCAGGGAAUUUCCAAACUGAUGUCUGCUUGGGGUUGCUACAGCAGACUCACCAAGACCACUUCCUCCAAAUCAGUUCUCAGAAGGAGCUUAUUUCCUUUCUUGGCAGAAGAUCCCAGCAAGCACCCCUGGGAUCACUCUUAUCCAUGUUUCACAAGAUAAGCCUGCGUCUCAAGGAUCUACGAAUCCUGGAGUUCCCUGUAGUAUCCAUCCCUUCCUGGUAGCUAGAUGCUGGUGUAUUCCUGUCUUGUGAGAUUGUCUUGAGAUGAGAGGAGACCACCCUUCCUCUGGCCUUCCUUUCUUUCUUCCAAAACAAGACCCUCCUCCCCUGCUCCACGUCCAGGAAAGAGAAACAUCCUUCCCUCUCCUACUCUCUGAAUGUGUAGUAGAUCAGGUACCCCACCAUAUUCCCCCAAAUCCUUGGGAGCAGGAUCUCCCUCAUUCCCACUCACUCCUCCCAUUUCUUCUCCCUUUCAGUGUUGUCUGAAUAAAAUGUGAAUUUUU